AUGACUAAACUUCUCGUCUGCAUCACUCUCUUAUUAUUGGCUCUUGUUUCGGCUUAUGGUGGUCCUCAUCGAAGACCUCCUAAUCGAGGACAUUGGCAUCAUCCGUCUGACGAUAGUAAUGAAGAUUCAUGGGUAUCAAAUAUAUGUGCCAACGAUACAUUGACUCAAUCGUUUCUUAAUCAAACUCGACAGCUGAUAAAUGAUCUUCAAUCCAACGGAUCAUUUACUCAAGUUCUUCAAGAACGAGCACAAUUCAUAUCUUACAUUCAAAAUGACAACAAUACAGAGCUUUUCUUAUCAAACUGUACUGAAUAUUUCAAUGGUCUCAAAAGUGCUAAAAUUCUUGAUAAACAAGCUUUAGAACAAGAAAAACAAUAUGAACAGAUAGCUAAUCGUUUAUUUCGUCAAAUUAUUCAAUCUUUUAUCGAACCUAUAAUUGAUUCAGAUGAAGAUUAA